CGAGCAUUUACUGUCUACCCUCUUUUUGACGUCUGGGAAUUUUUGAUUCCAGAACCCCCUUAUCCGCUAACGUUAUCUGGCGGGGCCGAACAGGUCGAACAAGCUCCUCAAAAACAACGCAAGUCAGUCGCAUUCAGUGAGGGCUCUGUCAUCAUGGAUACCAACGGCGAAGUCACGGAGGCACCUAAGGUGGAGAAGCCCACCGAGAAUGAAGCCACAGCCGACAAGUCGGUCGACGAAGUUACCGAAAUGUUCAAGGGACUGUCCAAGAAGAAGAAGACAAAGAAGCCUAAGGAUGCAGAGGCCGGUGAAGGCGACGAAGCUUCCCCCGCAGCUGACGGCGAAUUCGACCCCACCGCCCUGAAAAAGAAGAAGAAAAAGACCAAGAAGGUCGACGCAGGCGAUUUCGAGGCCAAGCUGGCCGAGGCUGGUGCAGCAGAGAAGGGAGCUGAGGAGACAGAGGAGGUCCUCCCUGAGGGUGAUCUCGAGGCCGGAACUGGUAUCUGGGCCCACGACGCUACGCAAGCCAUCCCUUACUCUCUGCUUGUCUCCCGAUUCUUCUCCCUCAUUCAGAGCCACCACCCCGACCUUCUUUCCAGCGGUGCCAAGUCGUAUAAGAUCCCUCCUCCUCAGUGUCUGCGUGAAGGUAACCGUCGUACCAUUUUCGCCAACAUCGCCGAUAUUUGCAAGCGUAUGAAGCGUUCCGACGACCACGUCAUGCAGUUCUUGUUCGCCGAAUUGGGUACCAGUGGCAGUGUUGACGGCAGUCGUCGUCUGGUCAUCAAGGGUCGUUUCCAGCAGAAGCAGCUUGAGAACGUCCUCAGAAGAUAUAUUGUCGAAUACGUUACUUGCAAGACUUGCCGCAGUCCCGACACCGAGCUCAACAAGGGUGAGAACCGUCUGUACUUCGUCACCUGCAACUCCUGCGGAUCCCGUCGUUCCGUCGCCGCUAUCAAGACCGGUUUCCGUGGCCAAGUCGGACGCAGAAAGAGACAGGGUUAAACGUGGUGUGGCGUCUUUGGGGGAGCCAUGGUGGCGGUGGUUGUAUUUCCUUGCGACUAUCUUUUGGCGAUUUAUGAUUUUCUUUCCCCCUUUCGUAUAAAGAUUUCUUUUUUCUCUCUCCUAUGUGGAUGAUGAUGACGACGUUGGGAGUAGUGCUUUAUGGAAAAGGAACUCAAAAGUAACUAAGAGACGAAGUGAAGACAAUUUGGCAUGGCAUGAUAAGUAUAUGGAUUAGUAUGACUGUUUUAAUAGUCUUUACUCAUUUAUCCUGACAGUUGGACAUAAACUACAGUAGGAGUCUGCAC